AAUAAUACAAAUAAAGUAAGAAAAAAGAAAAAUGUACGUGACAAGGCCUCUUUCAUUGUAUAGGAACCACCCAAGUGCUAUUUCGGAAGACCCGCCGGAAGGUCCAUAUUCCGGCUGUCUUGUAAUUACAGAUGAAGAAGCUGCGGAACAAGAUGCAUAUUGUUUUGGUGCUUGUAAGAAGAGGAGAAUUAAAAGGCUGCCUUUUCCUCAAGAUAAGAUUUUAAAUGUGGUUCAUUUUUCUGAUUAUGAAGAAACUUUAGCCAAGAAAGUUUGGUUUCUCCCAGUUCUUGAUCAGCCUCUGUCUUCUAAUACUUAUUAUGUCAUCAAAGCUAAAGGCAGAUUCAAAGGGCAAGCAAUCAAGUGCUCAAGGGAUAUGGACAUGAGUUUAUGUUGCUUCAAGAAAGUAAUAAAGGACAAGAAACCAAAACCAUUAGAUCCAACAAACAUAUACCAAAAAUUCAAGAUUCAUAGCCAUCAUUCAAAUACAUUCUUUGCCAAGUCUCUUGCUCCUUAUGGCCAUCCACCAAAAUUGCUAAGAGAAAAAGGAUGGAGAAUUAGAUCAUCAAAAUCAAGACCAUAUAAAUUUCAACUAAGUGAUGCUUUAGGCCUUGAUGCCACUCUUAGAACUCAAUUUCCAAGUUUAAAUUUUACAACCUCCACAAAAAUUUCAUCUUCAAUUAUUGUUGGAACAUGGUAUUGCCCAUUUGUGUUUAUAAGAGAAGAAUCAAGAAUAAGGCAACAAAUGAAGAAAUCAAUGCUAUAUAAAAUGACUCUUGAGCAACAUUGGGAAGAAAUUUAUUCAUGGGAGAAUGUUAACAAUGAGACCAAUAUUUCUUUGAUUAUUAAUGCUAAUGUACAAAGAGUAGAUUAUUCUGUAUUUGGGAUGGAAGCUAAAAAGGAUGAUAAAAUUAGUUAUGGUGGGUUCAUUUGGUAUAAGGGUAUAAUUGGUAAUAGAAAUAAUAAUAGAGGGAGAGGGUUUAGUGUGGGUUUAAGUUUUGUAAUAGUGGAAAAAAUGAAAUGGGUGCUUGAAGGAGGAGGAUGGGUUGAUGGAGAAAAAAAUGUAGGAAUAGAAAGAAAUGUAGAAAUUAGAAGUGAAAAUAGGUGGAGAAGAUUUAAAUGUUAUGUUUUGGUAGAGAGUUUUGUAUGGAGGAGAUUGGAUGGUAGUUUGGUGUUGAAAUGUAAUUUUAGGCAUACUGAUAAAAUUAAAUGCAAAUGUGAAUAAGUAUCCCUAUUUUUGUGGUCUAA